AUCUGGAGUUUAAUACAUUGGCUGAGAGUUUCUCCGUUGCUCUUAGAGAGAAAGAGAGAAACUGUGCCUUCUCUUUCCCAUAAAUUUCUAAUACAAUCAUUUUCCCGUUCAUUUUCUCACCGGAAUUCCCACUCUUUCUCACUCUCCAAACAUGGACUUAACCACGAAGCUCCACCGCCUCGACCUCCGCUCGAGCUUCUUCACCGGCACUGCCCUCCUCGAUGCUCGAAAGGCCGCUCUUUCGUCCCUUCCUCGCUCAAUUCCGAGCAUUCAAUCUACUAGAAGUAAUACAUACUCAAUCAAGACAACCAGAACCUUAAUUUCCUCGAGAAGGAAAAGUUCUUCUUCAAUCACUGCUCGCUCGUCGGCGGUGGCCGUCGAAGAAUCGGCUCCGGAGACCAUGACCAAGGAGGAAAUCGAAUCUUUGUUCUCGAACGAAACCGUUGACGAAUUCGACCGCAAACGCGACGGCAAACAAUCGAACAGCGGCGCUUCUGGAAUCUCCUCCGGUAUUAAGCUGGAAAAUGUGAGCAAAACCUAUAAAGGCGUCACCGUGUUGAAGGGCAUCAAUUGGGAGGUAAAGAAGGGCGAGAAAGUCGGUCUCGUCGGCGUGAACGGAGCGGGGAAGACGACGCAGAUGAGGAUUAUCGCCGGUUUGGAAGAGCCGGAUUCCGGAAACGUGAUUAAGGCGAAGCCGAAUAUUAAGAUUGCAUUUUUGAGCCAGGAAUUCGAGGUUUCGUUGAGCCGGACAGUGAGGGAGGAGUUCCUUAGCGCGUUUAAGGAGGAGAUGGUGGUGGCGGCGAAGCUGGAGAAGGUUCAGAAGGCGUUGGAGAGUGCCGUGGACGAUUUGGAGCUGAUGGGGAGGCUCUUGGACGAGUUCGAUUCGCUUCAGAGGAAGGCUCAGGCUGUUGACUUGGAUGAAGUGGAGGCCAAGGUCAGCAAGCUGAUGCCGGAGCUCGGGUUUUCGGCUGAGGAUUCGGAUAGGCUUGUAGCCUCGUUUAGCAGCGGAUGGCAGAUGAGGAUGUCGCUUGGCAAAAUUCUACUUCAGGAGCCUGAUUUACUACUUCUAGAUGAGCCCACAAAUCAUCUUGAUCUUGACACAAUCGAGUGGCUUGAAGGUUAUCUUGGCAAGCAAGAAGUGCCAAUGGUUAUCAUAUCCCAUGACAGAGCUUUCCUUGAUCAGCUGUGCACAAAAAUUGUGGAAACUGAUAUGGGGGUCUCCAGAACAUACGAAGGGAAUUAUUCUGAGUAUAUUGUUGCAAAGGCAGCAUGGAUUGAAGCUCAGUAUGCAGCCUGGGAGAAGCAGCAGAAGGAAAUAGAUCACACAAAAGACUUAAUAAAUAGGCUUGGUGCUGGGGCAAAUUCUGGCCGUGCUUCUUCCGCUGAAAAGAAGCUGGAGAGACUUCAGGAAGAAGAGUUAAUUGAAAAGCCAUUUCAAAGGAAGCAAAUGAAGAUCAGGUUCCCUGAGCGUGGAAGAAGUGGGAGAUCUGUUGUAACAAUUAAGAAUUUGCAAUUUGGCUAUGAGGAUAAGGUCCUGUUUAACAAGGCAAAUCUUAAUAUUCAAAGGGGAGAGAAAAUUGCCAUUAUUGGCCCGAAUGGAUGUGGCAAGAGUACUUUGCUUAAACUAAUUAUGGGUUUAGAGAAACCAAGAGCAGGUGAAGUUAUGCUUGGCGAGCAUAGCAUCCUUCCGAACUAUUUUGAACAAAAUCAGGCUGAGGCACUUGAUUUAGAUAAAACCGUGCUGGAGACGGUAGAGGAAGCUGCAGAGGACUGGAGACUUGAUGAUAUAAAAGGUCUUCUUGGGCGCUGUAAUUUCAAAGCUGAUAUGCUUGAUAGAAAGGUUUCCCUUCUGAGUGGUGGUGAGAAGGCACGUCUUGCCUUUUGCAAGUUCAUGGUAACGCCAUCUACUCUUCUAGUUUUGGACGAACCAACCAAUCACUUGGAUAUUCCUUCUAAAGAAAUGCUGGAGGAGGCAAUAACAGAGUACAAGGGAACAGUUAUCACAGUUUCUCAUGAUCGAUACUUCAUCAGGCAAAUAGUUAAUAGAGUAGUGGAAGUUAAAGACUGCAACUUACAGGAUUAUGCAGGCGAUUACAAUUAUUAUUUAGAGAAGAAUCUUGAUGCAAGAGAAAGAGAGCUAGAACGCGAGGCCGAGCUCGAGGAAAAAGCUCCCAAAGUCAAAGCCAAAUCAAAGAUGUCAAAGGCUGAAAAGGAAGCAAUCAAGAAACAGAAAAGAGUGGCGUUUCAGCAAGGGAAAGCAAAAUCGAAAGGGACAAAAAAUGCCAAGAGAUGGAACUAAAGCUGAUAUUUCAAUCAAAGAUUUAUUAUCAUAAUAGCUAUUUGCCCUGUAAAAGGAGUAGGAGAGGUUAAGUAGCUUCUUGUUACCCAUCUACUUGACCAUGUGUACAUCAUCACACUUACAUUUAUAGAAUUACAGAUUUUUCUUAA